AAUCAACAAAAAAGCAAACAAAGUUAUUCCAGCGUUAACCAUGGCACCCAAGAAAGGAACCAAAAAGGGCGACGCCAAGCCGAAAAAGGCGGUGGCCGACCCGCUCUUUCCCUCCCGUCCGCGCAACUUUGGCAUCGGUAACGAUAUUCGCCCCGCCGGUCGCGAUCUUUCGCGUUUCGUGCGAUGGCCUCGUUACGUCCGCAUUCAGCGUCAGCGUGCGGUUCUCUACCAGCGACUCAAGGUCCCUCCGGCCGUCAACCAGUUCACCAAGGUGAUUGGCAAGAACGAAGCCAUGACCGUCUUUACGCUGCUCAACAAGUACCGCCCGGAAACUCCCGCCGCCAAGAAACAGCGUAUCAAGGAAGCCGCUGCUGCUGGUGGAAAAGAUGCCGGUAGCAAGGCCCCGCAUCAAGUCAAGUACGGACUCAAGCAUAUUACCACGUUGGUGGAAGAAAAGAAAGCCCAGCUUGUGUUGAUCGCCAACGACGUUGAUCCCCUCGAGCUUGUCAUGUGGUUGCCUGCCCUCUGCCGCAAAAUGGGAGUCCCCUUUAUGAUUGUCAAGGACAAGGCUCGUCUCGGAGCCUUGGUGCACAUGAAGACGGCUGCCGCGGUGGCUUUGACUGGUGUCGACAAAGCGGACGAAAAACAGCUCGAACUGCUCAAGUCCCUCGGUACCGAAAAGUACAACGACAAUCCGGAACUGCUCCGCAAGUGGGGAGGUGGUAAAAUGGGUCUCAAGACUCAAGCCAAACUCGACAAGCGUGCCAAGGCCGUGGCCAUUGAAGAAGCCAAGAAGUUGGCCUCUUUGGGACGCGCCUAAUUGGACAGCCAACCGCAUGGUUGUGACGCUCUUUGUAACGAUAGACUAUACAUACCAGUUGAGACUGUUGACACUGUUGCCCCGGCACAGUCGAGGUUACACUUAAAUGCCUUUGUU